CUUCAUUUUAUCCAUUAAUCGUUUCCAAUGUUUCCCUUUUCAAUAAUUUCUAAUUUCGCAUUUUUGCUUCUUUUUUUGUUGCUUUAUUUAGCCUAAAUUGCAGAGUGACUGUACAGAACUCCACACUGUAGCUGCUUCUAGAAAAAAGAUUUUGUGUUGUUCUCGAUCUCGUGUUGAUAUCUAACGAACAUAAAAAACAAAUAAAGCUGCAUUUGAUAAGAUAUUGACUGUUUAAAAGUCAAUAUGGACGAUGAUUCCCCUUUAAACGAGUGCGUAAUAAAGUCGGGUUACAUGCAAAAAGCUUGUAAUAUCAUCUGAUGGCUUCUUGUUUGGAAUCGUUAAAUUUGAGUAAAUAGACAGUAACGCGUAUUAACGUGCCUUCAUAUAUUGCCUAUAUUUAAAGCUAUUAAUUAUUCGGUGUGGCAUAAAGGACAAUCAUUUAAAUGGCAUGCCUCUGUCAUAAUUCUGGACAAUGUAAUGUUUGGUUUUUAUCUUUCCACCAAAACAUUUAUUCAUUAGUCUUUUCCCACAUGAGUGGUUGUUCACUUGUUUUAUGAUUAUACGGAAAAAAGCCCUGUUUUGAAUGGGCUUUUAUUCUAUUAAGUGCGCAGACUAUUUGCACUCAUCGCCUAUCAUAACAUGCACAACAGAUUCUGAUCGAAUUAUUUCUGUACACUAUCCUCGCAGAGAUUGCACUCUCAGCAUGUCACUUGUUGUAUUGUUUAGGAGCCCGUUGGUUUUUGCCGCAAUGGUCGUUAACCUCUGAAUGACCCCGUGUGGAGCCCACGCCUCACAAAGCGCCGCAGACAGGCAGUGCAACAGUUGAGCCAGAGGAUGGCGCACCACGACAAUUCAAAACACCCGAGCCCUGGCUCUGAGUUUGCCCUAGCCACGAGCGCAUGGAGGCGCGCACCCUUCACAUCCCACCCAGUAUUUCCUCUGUGCACGAGUUUACCUCUGGAGGUCACCAAGCAGGAUUUACGACUGGUCAACAAAAGCACGUGAUUCUCCGCCGUACCCCAUAUUUGGGUGCCUACGUAAGAGAGAAUCAAGUCCAUGUCCCACUCAUUUCCAUAAUUCAUCAUAAAUUGUGCAAGGGUGCUAUAGGACGCGCUAAACCAUAAGAGCCACAAAUCAAGCACACAGGUUUAUGCUAUUUUACCUCUAAAAACAAUUAAAAAAAACAACAACAAUACCUACAACGAGCAAACGGUGGAAUUGUCAACAAAUGAGCUCCUAUUUUGUGAACUCAUUCUGCGGUCGCUAUCCCAAUGGCGCGGACUUCCAGUUACAUAAUUAUGGAGACCAUAGUACGGCAAACGACCAAUACAGAGACUCAACAGCCAUGCAUUCCAGCAGGUACGGCUAUGGCUACAACGGGAUGGACCUAACAGUCGGGCGGGCCGGUACCGAACACUUUGUGGGCAACGAGCGGACGCAGGGCUACUCCCCGAGUCACUCAGCGGCGACAACACCCUCCGUGGAGCCGGUCAGGUACACCCAGUCCGCCAACAGCACCGGGACAUCGUCUCUAUCGCCACCACCUGACCCACUACCGUGCUCCUCGGUCGCCAGCUCGUCCCCGGUCACCGAGACUCAAUCUCAACACCGAGCCGUGAAAAACUCUAUAACGACCCCGUGCUCAACCCCGUGCUCGAGCUCGAACGGAGGCACGCUGCUGCUCAACCGGGACUGUGUGUCCAAAGCUUCCCCCCUCGAGGAAGAGAAGCCUGCGGGAAGCGCACCGACAACUCCUCAAAAUGUCAGCGACUCAACACAGCCUCAGAUAUAUCCGUGGAUGAGGAAACUGCAUAUAAAUCAUGAUUUGGCAGGACCUGAAGGGAAGAGAGCGAGGACUGCAUACACCCGCUAUCAGACCCUGGAGCUUGAGAAGGAGUUCCACUUCAACCGUUACCUGACCCGCAGGCGGAGGAUCGAGAUAGCCCAUGCCCUCUGCCUCUCAGAGAGACAGAUCAAAAUCUGGUUUCAGAACCGCAGGAUGAAGUGGAAGAAGGACAACAAGCUGAAGAGCAUGAACAUGGCGGCUGCAGGCGGGGGAGGCUACAGGCCCUGAUAUUCACUCCUCUCUACCCCUGAUAGCGAGCACUAUGAAAAUAAAACCAAGAUUGUCAUAUCAACUUCUCCUAUUUCAAAAAAGCGCAGAGACUUUGUUAACGGGCUGUGUGCGGGACAAGGGGACACCCCACAUACGCCCAGUGUAUGUCCAACAACCGUCCCAUUAUAUUCCUUAUUAAUAUUAUUUCCUUUUUAUUUCCACCGUGGUAAUGCUUCUGUGAGUAAAAAUGCAUUAUGUACAGUUCUGUCUAGAUUUAGAGGAAAAAGAAACACAUGAAAAUAAAUGUUUGUUUAAAUUAUUUCUUGUUCAGACGGAAAAAAAUAAAUAAAAACGUCAAAGCUUGAAAUUGCUACCUACCGCAAAUAAAUCCAGUAAAAGUUGUGUGAUGCACUCAGAACAAUAACAGCCUAUUAAAUAGAGGGUUGGGGUCGAGCUGCCUUUGUGUUUAGCCUUCGUUUUCUAUGUAUGUACUGUAUAUGUAUGUAUUUAUUUGUUUGAUGUAUUGUACCAACUUGUCAGAUAACUUGCUUCCAAAAGUAGAGCCAGCAGAGUAUGUAAAGCCUUGUGUGGUUAUUGUGUGCGUUGUGAACACAUGUAUGGACAGCGCUGCCGACUGCCUUGUAUCUUUUUUGUUUGUUUGUUUGGGUUUUUAUUUUAUUUUAUUUUAUUUGCAGGAGCUGCUGUUUGCGUUGUUCACCUGGGCGCAACAUCUUCUUAAAAAUGUGUUGUUUUUUUGGUCUUUGUUUCCCUAUAGCUGUUUUUAUGUGGAGGGUCCCACAGUAAAUUCCAUUGCCUAUGUGUAUAACUCCAUCGUGAUUAGCUUUUUGUAAAUGUUUUUCAAAGACUGGAAGUCAAGAAUAUACUAUAAUAAUAAUAAUGAUGAUGAUGAUGAUGAUGAUGAUGAUGAUGGCCAUUAUAAUAAACUUUCUACUGGAACGGCAACAUUACA